GAAUAGCCCCCAAGAUGGCCGCCAAUGUGGGAUCGAUGUUUCAAUAUUGGAAGCGAUUUGAUCUACGGCGACUCCAGAAGGAGCUUAAUUCCGUCGCUUCCGAGCUGUCUGCACGGCAGGAGGAGAGUGAACAUUCUCAUAAACAUUUAAUUGAACUCCGCCGGGAAUUUAAGAAAAAUGUACCUGAGGAAAUCAGAGAGAUGGUGGCUCCUGUAUUAAAAAGCUUCCAAGCUGAGGUGGUGGCCCUUAGUAAGAGAAGUCAGGAGGCUGAGGCAGCUUUCCUGAGUGUUUACAAGCAAUUGAUUGAAGCACCAGACCCUGCGCCUGUGUUUGAAGCGACGCGCAGCCUAGACGACAGACUGCAGCCCCCCAGCUUCGACCCCAGUGGGCAGCCGCGGCGAGACCUCCACACUUCGUGGAAGAGGCACCCCGAGCUCCUUGGCCCCAAAGAGCAGAGAGAGGGGACAUCUCCGGCAGGGCCCACGCUGACCGAGGGGAGCCGCCUCCCGGGCAUUCCCAGCAAAGCCCUCCUGACAGAAACUUUGCUGCAGAGAAAUGAGGCGGAGAAACAAAAGGGCCUUCAAGAAGUACAAAUCACUUUGGCAGCCCGACUGGGGGAGGCAGAGGAAAAGAUCAAAGUCCUACAUUCAGCGUUAAAGGCCACACAGACAGAGCUGCUGGAACUGCGGCGGAAAUAUGAUGAGGAGGCGGCAUCCAAGGCAGAUGAAGUCGGCCUGAUCAUGACCAACUUGGAGAAAGCUAAUCAGCGAGCUGAGGCUGCCCAGCGGGAGGUAGAAAGUCUUCGGGAACAACUUGCCUCAGUCAACAGCUCUAUCCGCCUGGCCUGCUGCUCCCCCCAGGGACCCAGUGGGGAUAAGGUGAACUUCGCGUUGUGCUCAGGCCCCCGGCUUGAAGCCGCACUGGCCUCCAAGGAUCGGGAGAUCCUGCGGCUGCUGAAGGAUGUGCAGCACCUCCAGAACUCUCUGCAGGAGCUGGAGGAGACCUCGGCCAACCAGAUCGCGGACCUGGAGCGGCAGCUCACGGCUAAGUCCGAGGCCAUAGAAAAGCUGGAAGAGAAGCUCCAGGCGCAGUCUGACUAUGAAGAAAUUAAAACGGAGCUGAGCAUCCUGAAAGCCAUGAAGCUGGCCUCCAGCACCUGCAACCUCCCCCAGGGCAUGGCCAAGCCCGAAGACUCAUUGCUUAUGGCAAAGGAGGCCUUCUUCCCCACGCAGAAAUUCCUUCUGGAAAAGCCCAGUCUUCUGGCCAGCCCUGAGGAGGACCCUUCGGAGGACGAUUCCAUCAAAGACUCUCUGGGCACGGAGCACUCCUACCCAUCCCCCCUGCAGCCCCCACCACCACCAGGGCCUGAAGAUCCCCUGUCCCCCAGCCCUGGGCAGCCCCUGCUGGGUCCUGGCCUGGGCCCCGAUGGCCCAAGGACUUUCUCACUGUCCCCCUUCCCCAGCUUGGCUUCUGGGGACAGACUGGCAGGGGACGCACUGCUGUCCAAGCACAUGAUGCCCCCGGCCACCUUCAAGGGGGAGGCAGGCGGCCUGCUGGUGUUCCCCCCGGCCUUCUACGGUGCCAAGCCCCCCACGGCCCCUGCUACCCCCGCUCCUGGCCCUGAGCCGCCUGGGGCCCCUGAGCCUGUGGACGGGGGUGGGGGCAGCACAGCUGGGGCAGGGGCCGGAACCGGAACCGAGGAGGAGCACCUGGACACGGCAGAGAUUGCAUUCCAGGUGAAGGAGCAGCUGCUCAAACACAACAUCGGGCAGCGGGUGUUUGGCCACUAUGUGCUGGGGCUGUCACAGGGCUCGGUCAGCGAGAUCCUGGCCCGGCCCAAGCCCUGGCGCAAGCUCACGGUGAAGGGCAAGGAGCCCUUCAUCAAGAUGAAGCAGUUCCUGUCGGACGAGCAGAACGUGUUGGCUCUGAGGACCAUCCAGGUGCGGCAGCGAGGCAGUAUCACCCCAAGGAUCCGCACACCAGAGACAGGCUCGGACGACGCCAUCAAGAGCAUCCUGGAACAGGCCAAGAAGGAGAUCGAGUCCCAGAAGGGGGGUGAGUCCAAGAACGCGACAGCCCCACUCAGCAUCACCAAUGGCACAGCCCCCGCCAGCACCUCAGAAGAUGCCAUCAAGAACAUUCUGGAGCAAGCACGCCGCGAGAUGCAGGCGCAACAGCAGGCGCUGCUGGAGAUGGAGGCAGGCCCCCGGGGCCGCUCGGUGCCUCCCUCGCCCCCAGAGCGGCCGUCGCUGGCUGCCGUGAGCCAGACCGGGGCCCCGACCUACGUCAAGCAGGAGGACAGCAGUGGCGGCAGUGGCGGGGGGACCAGCAGCAGCGCCACACAGACGUCCCUCACGGUCCUGUCCCCCGCAGCCUUCGUGCAGAGCAUCAUCCGGAAGGUCAAGUCGGAGAUCGGAGACGCCGGCUACUUUGACCACCACUGGGCCUCGGACCGCGGCCUGCUCAGCCGCCCCUAUGCCUCUGUCUCGCCCUCCCUCUCCUCCUCCUCCUCCAGCUACUCUGGACAGCCCAACGGGAGGGCCUGGCCCCGCGGGGAUGAGGCCCCCUCAGCCCCUGAGGAUGAGGCGGCAGGGGCCGAGGACGAGGCCCCCAGGCUGGGCGAGCUGAAGUCUGAAGGGGGCGUCCCGGAGGCCGGCAGCGGUGGGCGGCUGGCCUACUACCCUGCGUAUGUGCCCCGCACACUGAAGCCCACCGUGCCGCCCCUGACCCCCGAGCAGUACGAGCUUUACAUGUACCGGGAGGUGGACACCCUGGAGCUGACACGCCAGGUCAAGGAGAAGCUAGCCAAGAAUGGAAUCUGCCAGAGGAUCUUUGGGGAGAAGGUGCUGGGCCUGUCCCAGGGCAGUGUGAGCGACAUGCUGUCCCGGCCAAAGCCCUGGAGCAAGCUGACGCAGAAGGGGCGAGAGCCCUUCAUCCGCAUGCAGCUGUGGCUCUCGGACCAGCUCGGCCAGGCCAUCAGCCAGCAGCCCAGCGCCUCCCAGGCCAGUCCCACGGAACCAAGGUCCUCACCGUCCCCACCACCUAGCCCCACAGAGCCGGAGAGGAGCUCCCAGGAGCCCUUGAUCCUUGCACUGGAGGGCAGCAAGGAGAACCAGCAGCCGGAGGGACGCUCCAGCUCCUCGCUGGGGGGGAAGAUGUACUCGGGCAGCCAGACCACAGGGGGUAUCCAGGAGAUUGUGGCCAUGUCCCCCGAGCUGGACACAUACUCCAUCACCAAGAGAGUCAAAGAGGUCCUCACGGACAACAACCUAGGGCAGCGGCUGUUCGGGGAGAGCAUCCUGGGGCUGACACAGGGCUCCGUGUCUGACCUGCUGUCCCGCCCCAAACCUUGGCAUAAGCUGAGCCUAAAGGGACGGGAGCCCUUUGUACGCAUGCAGCUGUGGCUCAAUGACCCCCAGAAUGUGGAGAAGCUGAGGGACAUGAAGAAGCUGGAGAAGAAAGCCUACCUCAAGCGCAGGUACGGUCUCAUCAGCACUGGCUCAGACAGCGAAUCCCCAGCCACCCGCUCGGAGUGCCCCAGCCCCUGCCUGCAGCCCCAGGACCUGAGCCUCCUGCAAAUCAAGAAGCCCCGAGUGGUGCUGGCGCCCGAGGAGAAGGAGGCACUGAAGAAGGCCUACCAGCUGGAGCCCUACCCCUCCCAGCAGACCAUCGAGCUCCUCUCCUUCCAGCUCAACCUCAAGACCAACACCGUCAUCAACUGGUUCCACAACUACAGGUCCCGGAUGCGCCGGGAGAUGUUGGUGGAGGGGACCCAAGACGAACCAGACCUUGACCCCAGUGGGGGUCCUGGCAUCCUACCACCAGGCCACUCCCACCCAGACCCUACCCCGCAGAGCCCCGACUCUGAGGCUGAGGACCAGAAGCCUACCGUGAAGGAACUGGAUCUUCGGGAAGGCUCUGAGGAGAGCAUCACACCCCCAACCACCCAGGACAAGGCCCAGGUGAGGAUUAAGCAGGAACAGACUGAGGAGGAUGCAGAGGAAGAGGCGGGCAACCAGCUCCAGGACUCAGGGGAGCCAGACAAAGGCCAAGGUUCCCCCAAAGAGGCGCAUCCUGACCGUCCGGGUAACGACAGACUCCCUAAAGUGGCCCCGGGGCUCCUCCUUCCAGGCGGGACCACGCCGGACUGCCCCUCACUACAGCCCCCCCAGGAGGACGAGGGCGGGGAGCGGCUCCACCCGGACCCUCUAAGUUUUAAGUCGGUCUCAGAGUCCUCGCGCUGUAGCCUGGAGGUGUCCCUGAACUCACCCUCGGCUGCCUCCUCGCCGGGCCUCAUGAUGUCUGUGUCACCCGUCCCUUCCUCCUCAGCCCCCAUCUCCCCGUCCCCACCCGGCGCCCCUCCUGCCAAAGUGCCGAGUGCCAGCCCCAUCGCCGACACAGCUGGGGCUUUGCACCCCAGCGCCAAGGUGAACCCCAACCUGCAACGGAGACACGAGAAAAUGGCCAACCUGAACAGCAUCAUCUACCGGCUGGAGAGGGCUGCCAAUCGGGAGGAGGCCCUGGAGUGGGAGUUCUGA